AUGGCGGAGGAGCGGCGCUUUCUCUCGGCCUCCGGGGUGCCGAUCGCGCUGCGGCGCCGCCAGCACAGCGCGUCGUGCCGGGAGCUGGCGGUGCGCGGCCCCCGCCUGCAGCUGCGCUCGCUCAGCGCCGCCACCUCCGCCGUCUGGCUGGCGGCCUACGGGCUCUUCGCGCUCUGCGAGAACAGCAUGGUGCUCUCUGCUGCCAUCUUCAUCACGCUGAUCGGCCUGAUCAUCUACCUGCACUUCGUGAAGAUUGACCAGGAAUCCCUGCUGGUCAUCGGCUCACUUGGCAUUCAGGUGACUUCAGCCUAUGCCUCAGGGAAAGAGAGCACAACCUUCAUUGAGAUGGGGCAAGUGAAGGAUGUGGUUAUCAAUGAAGCCAUCCAUAUGCAAAAAGUUAUCUACUACCUGUGUAUCCUCCUCCAGGACCCUGAAGAUCCUCAGGGAGUAUCUGAGGUUGUGCCACUCUUUCAGAGCUCCAAACCACGACUGGACUGCUUGAUAGAAGUGUACAAAAGUUGUCAAGAGAUCCUGGAGCAGAGGAAGACAGCUCCACAAUCAAGUGAAAUAAAAUAGCUGAAAAAAAGACAGCAAACUUUCAGCAGGACUCAGAGGGACACAUGGAAAAGCAAGAAAAACUGCCCCAUUAGCAGAACUUUUUAGGCUCAGACAGAAGAAGCUUUUUCUUGCGUCUCCAGAAAAGAAUUAUGGGGAAAUAGGGCAAAGGGAGACAAGAAAAUGCAUCCAUUUUUUACUGUUUCAUGCAUCUGAAAAUUAUGCUAAAAUUAGAAAAUAACCUUGGCUGGACUGCUAUAAGUAUGCAUGUUUUGUGUUUUUUUUAACCCUUUGUUUGAAAAUCACACUCUAAAUAUCAAAGCUAAUGUGUGGGAUCAGAUAGUAACUUCCUGAAGACAGGAAAAUUUCAGAAGGACAAAACCAGAAAAUUAAACUGUUGCAUUCUGUUAUGUUUAAUGGAAUAAACAUAAAAGAGAUCUGAAGACUGACCUCUUCAGGGAUCUGCUUGAAGGAGUCCCAUGUGAUGGGGUCCCUAGAGGGAAGAGGGAUCUGAGAAAGCUGAUUGAUAGUCAAGGAUCAUUUCUUCUGAGAUCAAGAACAGUCCAUCCCAAUGAGCAGGAAGUGAAACAGAAAUACCAGGAAGCCUGCAUGGAUGAGGCAAGCUGCUCCUGGCAAUGCUUGAACACAAAAGGGAAGUGUACAGAGGGUGGAAUUAGGGACAGGUGAUGUGGGAGGAAUAUAGCAACACUGUUCAAGAUGCAGUUAGAAAAGCUAAAGCCCAGCUGGCGAUGAAUCAGUUGAAGGAUGUCAAAGGCAACAAGAAUGGUUUCAGUAAGUGCUUAACUGUCAAAAAGAGCACAGGGAAAAUGUGAAUCCAUUGCUGAAUGGGGCAGGGCCUGCUGACACGGGACAUGGAAGAGAUGUGGCAUUUAAAGGGCCACAUGAGUUACUCUCAGAAUAUGAGGCACAUGUGUUGUUGAAAAUGAUGGUAAUGACAACUUGAAUAAAGUUUUAUUAAUCUGUGCUCUUUGCAGUAACUCAAGGUUGGGAAAUUCUUCUUUGUUGACAAGCUAAAAGUUACUGUAACACUUAACUGGUAUUUUUCUCUCUAUAUUCCACAACUCCUUAGUAAUAUUAAUGAGGUGACUGAAAUGUCAAAAGCUAAACCCACAAGUUGGCAGGAGCCUGGAUUCAUGCUUAUUUUGCAUACAAUGCUAUACCAUGCUUGUCCACAUAAUCUGUAAAUGAACACUUGGCACCAUACCAUCAUGCAAUAAGGUAGAGAUAGGGGGAUUUGUGGUUUUUUUUCCACAGUCCUACAAAGUUUGAAAGACAGAGGUUAGUUAGCUCAUGUCACAGAAGUAUUCUCAUUGUCCAAGUGAAAGGCAGCAGCUUGGGGAGGUGCCACUGCCUUUUGUGUCAGAAGAGAAAAGAUGGCUCAACAGAGUGGACAGAGUCAUGGGCUCAAGACUGUGCUGGAAGUGCUGACUAUGCUGUAAAAGUCCUAUGAAGUCCUCAGAAUGUGCACUGAAGAAAUUACCAAGAAGCUGUGUCACAGCAAGAAGUCUGAAAGAUAGGUUCAGCAAUCUUUUGAAGGAGUAAACAUCCUAUGC